GUGAAUAAAUGCGGAAGAGUCGCCCGAGAUCGGGAGACCAGGCGUGGGGGAGAGGUCCCGGGAGGCCUGGACCAGAGUCCUAACAGACCAGAGGCGAAACGGGAAGGCGCGCCAGAAAAGGAACAACGCAAAGGGAGCAGGCGUGCACGGAGCGCGAACUAAGGAACCCCUCUGACAACCCCAGUCCCUCUGCAGCUCCAGAGACCGGCUCCUCACGGAGGGUGGCGGUAGAGACCGUUAAGCCUCGCGGGCGCCGGGGCAGGCCGGACUGUGCCAUUCGUGGGGGGUUCCAUGUGGGAGCGAGCCGCCUCACCCAGGGCUGUCCAGCUAGAAACUCCCCGGUGCCACCCCCGCCUCAGUCCGAGGUAGACUCGGCCGGACGUGACGCAGCGUGAGGCCAAGGCGGCGUGAGUCUGCGCAGUGUGGGGCUGAGGGAGGCCGGACGGCGCGCGUGCGUGCUGGCGUGCGUUCACUUUCAGCCUGGUGUGGGGCUUGUAAACAUAUAACAUAAAAAUGGCUUCCAAAAGAGCUCUGGUCAUCCUGGCUAAAGGAGCAGAGGAAAUGGAGACGGUCAUCCCUGUAGAUGUCAUGAGGCGAGCUGGGAUUAAGGUCACCAUUGCAGGCCUGGCUGGAAAAGACCCAGUACAGUGUAGCCGUGAUGUGGUCAUUUGUCCUGAUGCCAGUCUUGAAGAUGCAAAAAAAGAGGAAGGAGAUUAUACUACCCCUGCUACUCUGCAGCGUGGACAUCCUUGCAUGUCACUACAUACAGGGACCAUAUGAUGUGGUGGUUCUACCAGGAGGUAAUCUGGGUGCACAGAAUUUAUCUGAGUCUGCUGCUGUGAAGGAGAUACUGAAGGAGCAGGAAAACCGGAAGGGCCUGAUAGCCGCCAUCUGUGCAGGUCCUACUGCUCUGUUGGCUCAUGAAAUAGGUUUUGGAAGUAAAGUUACAACACACCCUCUUGCUAAAGACAAAAUGAUGAAUGGAGGUCAUUACACCUACUCUGAGAAUCGUGUGGAAAAAGACGGCCUGAUUCUUACAAGCCGGGGGCCUGGGACCAGCUUCGAGUUUGCGCUUGCAAUUGUUGAAGCCCUGAAUGGCAAGGAGGUGGCAGCUCAAGUGAAGGCUCCACUUGUUCUUAAAGACUAGAGCAGCGAACUGCGACGAUCACUUAGAGAAACAGGCCGUUAGGAAUCCAUUCUCACUGUGUUCGCUCUAAACAAAACAGUGGUAGGUUAAUGUGUUCAGAAGUCGCUGUCCUUACUACUUUUGCGGAAGUAUGGAAGUCACAACUACACAGAGAUUUCUCAGCCUACAAAUUGUGUCUAUACAUUUCUAAGCCUUGUUUGCAGAAUAAACAGGGCAUUUAGCAAACUA